AUGGACCGAUUCACUCCGCAGCAUUCCUCGGAGCUCGCGCGUCGCUGCAUUUUCAGCGACCUGCUCGGCGAGGGCCAGUCGGGACGCGUGUGGCGCUGCGUCGACCGCGCGACGGGGGAGGCCUUCGCGUGCAAGCAGGUGAACAAGCGCGGGCUGUCCCCCGCGGCGGAAGCGGAUCUUCAGCGCGAAAUCACCCUCCUAAUCAUCCUCCAAGGCCACCCUAACAUGCUGCGACUCGACAGUCUGUACGAGGACGCAAAAGCCGUCUACAUUCUCACGGAGCUCUGCGACGGCGGCGAUCUAUUCGGGCUGCUCGCGGAGCAUCCGCGCGGGCUCGAUGAGCGCACGGUUGCGCGGAUCUUCGCGCAAGUUGCGCGCGCCGUGCAGUGGUGUCACGACCACCGCGUCGUGCAUCGGGAUAUCAAGCCGGAAAACAUCCUCAUUUCGCGCCGCCAAUCAGCUCUUCCCGACACCGCGGACGCCGACGCCGCCGCCGCCGCAGCGGGGGAGGCGGAGUACGACGUGCGGCUCGGGGACUUUGGGCUCGCGUACCAGCUUCCGCGCGACAAGUGCAUCGUGGGGCUCGCGGGGAGCGCGCCGUACGAGGCGCCCGAGGUGCUCGCGCGCGCGCCGUACGGGUGCGAGGCGGACGUGUGGUCGCUGGGCGUGCUGCUGUACGCGCUGCUCUCCGCGUCCUGGCCCGCGUUCCGCGCGGGCGAGCAGAAACUCGUCCCCGCGGAGGACUUCGGGUACUUCCCCUGGCGGAAGAAUGCGCGCGCCGAUGGGGGGAAGCGUGAGGUAUCGUGGGCGGCUAAGGAUCUGAUCUGCCGCAUGAUGACCGUUGAUCCUCAGGAGCGGAUCGACAUCGAUGGUAUUCUGGAGCACCCGUGGCUGGUUCGUUAUGAGACGCACUCAAAUGCUGCUGCUCCCGUGGCGGAAACGAGGGAAGACACGUCAGCAGCCACAGCCCUCAAGAGAGGGCCCACAAUGGCUAAACAAUCGGCGGCGGCGACUGAACAACAAUACGACGAGGCGUAUGUCGAAGAAUACGGCGAACUACCUGGGAUAUUCUAG